GCUUUUCAUCGAACAGUGAAAGAAUAUUCAUUACAACAAUUGACCAGAUUUUUUUCAGAAAAACAAUAUUUUCCUUAUUAAUUGUAGUUUUUAAGUGUUUUUAAAUGUUUUAUGUUGUGUUCGUAUAACUGAAUCCCGAUUUUGUUUGAGAAUAAAAAAUACAAUCUACUGUUUGUGGAAGAAGUGUUCUGUCGUAGUACAAACAAUGUCACGGCAUCAAACUUUCCAUUUUCGUGGUGAACGGGAGGGUCGUGUUGCCCAAAUGAGUAGGCAAGAAGAAGUGAUUGCAAGAAAACGGCAAGAACUUCUAGAAAAACAAAAAACAAGCGAACUAGCAAAACAAGUGGUAGCCGCACAAAGUGGAACAACACCACCAACGCCAGUUGCAUCUGACCCAGCGAAAGACGUCAAACACCCAUCAAAUUUACCGAAACAAACAUUUGAAGCCGAACCGCCCGCACCUAAAAAUAAUUUUACAAAUGAUGGCACAUUCUUUGAAAAUUUCCGCAAAAUUACCGAGGCAGCUAAAAAAGCGGAAGAAGAAAAGCAAAAAAUCGAAGCGGCUCGUUUGGCCAAAGAACAAGAACAACAAAAGGCCGAGAGUGCCGAGAGUGGAGAAAAUGCAGAUCAUGAUCAUGCGCUUCAACCAAUUCCACAAUUGGAUUCGGCAUUUUCAACAAAUUCAAUGUCUUUGGGUCCACCACCUCCCAUCAAAGAUUCAAUAAUUUUUCAUCAAACAAUUCCGCCAUUCUUGAAUCUAGCAGCUCCACCACCACCACCUCCUCCACCUGUUUCCAUUGAAACGGCCAUCAAUGUGUCACAGAUGAAUCAUCCGCCACAACCACCUCCACCUCCAUUCGUACAACAAGCACAACCACAAUUUGAAGUUUUUUCAGGAAACAAUUAUCUAAACGAAAAUCAAAUGAGUCGUAAUAUUGAACAGAUGGAACGAAAUAUCGUAAAUACACAUCAACAAAUGAAUCCACAACCAUUGAACAGUGAUAUGAAUCCAUCGAUAAACAUCGCAGCAACAAUACCAACCAAUAUACCGACGAAUAUUGAUGACCUCAUCGAAUACAUUGCGAAAAAUGGCGAUAGUUUCGAAGAAAAAAUUAUUGCUGAAAUUGCUCAAAUGAAUGAGCGUUCUCUGUUUCGGUUCUUAAACGACAAAUUAUCGGAGAAUUACAAAAUAUAUAGACAAAAGGUUUUGACAUAUCGUUCGGAAAAAUUGGGAAAACCGUUGUCCGCCAAACAAGACAACAACGAAAAAUACGAUCCGGAAGAUAUUUUGCGCGACGACGAAGCAGAGGUUGAGACAAAUCCACUAAAACUAUUAAAUAUUCCAUCGUUGUCAAAUAGUGAUGAUUAUGAUUCGGACUCGGAGUACAUGCAAGAGACAAUGGAACGAAAUUUAAAAAAUAUGAAACGUCGCAUCGUCAGCGGAAAUAUGAAGAAACGUUAUGCCGAAUCAUCGACUUACUCGUCCGACGAAGGUGAUCACACCGAUGAAGAAGACCAUAUGGAGAUGUAUCGCAAAAUUCAAAUGCGAGAAAAUGCUAUAAAUGAAGUUACUGAUCCGGCCAAAAUGGCCAUGAAAGAUUUUGGUGAUUUUAAGCAAGAACAAGAAGAAAAAAAUUCAAAUUUUGAUUUAACACAGAGCAAUGCCAAUCGGAAGAAACGAAGUCGUUGGGGUGAAAAAAUUGAAUCGAAUGUAGAGCAACCGAAUCAAACACCAUCAACAUCGAAUGUUAAAGUUCACGGCAAUAAACCCAUGUUGUCAGCAGUUAAACGAACAGAUCCUGCUCUUUUGAAUUAUGCACGAUUAAAUUAUGGUACAAUAGAUCUCACCGAGGAAGAUUGGGCCAAAUGUGAAGAACACUUCAAGGUGAAUCUUCUGUAUCAGGAUAUGUUACGAAAACGCGACGAAUUGGAUCGCUUAGCAAAAAGUGGACAGCAUAAAUAUGAAUACGAUUCGGAUGAAGACGUUGAGGGUGGAACGUGGGAGCAUAAGAUACGUGAAGCCGAAAUGGAGGCAACAGCUGCAUGGGCCGAUGCUUUAAACCGUCAAUCGGAAGGAAAACAUCAUAUCGGUGACUUUUUGCCACCGGAAGAACUAAAGAAAUUCAUGGAAAUUUACAAAGCAAAACAAACAAAUCGAGAGCCCGAUCUUAGCGAUUACAAAGAAUACAAACUUAAAGAGGAUAACAAGGGUUUUCAAAUGUUACAAAAACUUGGAUGGACUGAGGGUCAAGGUUUGGGAGUUGAUGGCGGUGGAAUUAUUAAUCCAAUCAAUAAGGCUACGCAGCGUGAUAGUAACCAAGGCUUAGGAACUACCUCAAAUACAACGCCCCAAGCUGGUGACAAUGAAUAUGAUGCUUAUCGAAAACGUAUGAUGUUGGCCUAUCGUUUCCGACCAAAUCCUCUGAACAAUCCGCGAAGAGCUUACUACUAAAGUACCUUUUUUCCACGUUUGAUUGGUCUCCGUUUUGUUAAUCGAUCAACAUGACAGCAUGAACUAGAUACGAAAAGAGUAUGACCCAAUAAAAAUGAAAUGAAACGAAAA